UUUGAGAACUGAGCUGCGGAGCAGAGAUCAUCUUGGAAACUUGAAGAUGAAAUACUUUCUUCUGCCGACUCAUUUAGCAUUUCUCUGCAGCAUUGCACUAAGUAAACCUGUCCAGAUAACUACAAGAAACAAUGACUUAGGUAGUGAAAUAGCUGUGUAUGAAGGAGACAUCCUCUUGAGGAGAGGACGCCGCAGUGCAAUUAACUGUGAGAGUUGUUUAUGGCCCAAGUCACAAGAUGGACUAGUCAAGGUUCCAAUUAACAUCUCUUCUGAUUUCUCAGUGACAGAGAGGUCUUGGAUUGCUGAUGCUCUGCAAGAGAUCUCCACGCUGACCUGUGUGCAGUUUGUCAAUCGCACGACAGAAACAGACUAUGUGUACAUUGAACGUGGGCAGAGCUGCUGGUCUUACUUUGGGAAAAUUGGAGGACGUCAAGCAGUAGGCCUGGUGAAAAAUGGUUGCAUGGAUAAAGGAGCAAUUCAGCAUGAAAUGAACCAUGCACUGGGUUUCAUCCAUGAACAGGCACGGAGUGAUCGGGAUAGGUUUGUCAAGAUUAUGUGGGAACACAUUGUGGCAGGGGAACAAGGGAAUUUUGGAAAAGUGAAUUCCAAAAAUCUAGGCCUUCCCUAUGACUACUCUUCAGUGAUGCACUAUGGCGCGUAUGAUUUCUCCAGUACUCCAGGGAAACCAACUAUUGUACCAGUUCCUGACCCCACUAUACCCAUUGGGCAGAGAGAAGGGCUGAGUAACUUGGAUGUAGCUAAAAUCAACAAGCUCUACAAGUGCAACUGGUGUAGCUCUGUGUUGCCUAAAUCCAAAGGCUCCUUAUCCUCUGUCAAUUACCCAUCCCCGUACCCGAACGAUAGCCACUGCCUGUGGCUGAUCCGCAUCCGUCGAAGCAAGAUUUUCCUGCAGUUUGAGGCUUUUGAUGUCCAACCCUCCUCAGGCUGUUCUGCUGACUAUAUAAAAAUUUACAAUGGAAACAGCAAGAAUUCCCCUGUCUUGCUGGACAAAUACUGUGGGAAAGGGCCACUGCCCUCCUUAGUGGCAUCUGGAUCGAUGAUGCUGGUAGAGUUUGCAAGUGAUGAGAGCAUUACAGCCACAGGAUUCAGAGCUUCCUACAACAGGGUGAAUUGUGGAGACACUUUCACAGACUCAAGCGGAGUCAUCACCUCUCCAAACUACCCCAAUAAAUACCCCAAAAACCGAGCAUGCUUCUGGGUCAUCACUUGCCCAGUGGGAUACAAGAUAUCUCUCCAAAUGUUAUUCUUUGAGCUGGAGGACAGCAACAGAUGCACCUACGACUAUUUGCUCAUACAUGAUGGAAGCCGACCUACAUCACCAGCAGUUGGCCCUUACUGUGGGACAGAGAAGGUGGCAGACUUCACUUCCACUGGGAAUUUUGUGCUGGUUGAAUUUCACAGUGAUAUAGUUUGGGAAUUUCCUGGAUUUGUGAUGAGUUACGCAUUUGGUAGGUAGUAGCACUGUACGAGUGGGAGUUGGAAAACAUGGAUUGAAAGUAAGAGGUAAAGCUAGCCAAAGGUCAAAGUCAAAAUGCCACCAAUUCCAAUAAAGAAAAAAAUAUAGCUCCCUGAUAUCUUUAACAAGCUUGAAGCUUGACCUUAAGUCUACAUGGUGAAUUAUAAACAAAAGUGUUCCUGCCCAUAGAAUCAUAGAAUGAUAGAGUAGUUUAGGCUGGAAGGGACCUCAAAGCUCAUCUCGUUCCAACCCCCUGCCAUAGGCAGGGACACCUCCCAAUAGAACAGGCCACUGAAGGCCUCAUCCAACCUAGCCUUGAACACCUCCAAGGAGGGAGCAUCCAAAACCUCUCUGGGCAACCUGUUCCAGUGUCUCACCACCCUCACUGUAAAGAACUUCUUCCUAGUUUAUGUCUCUCUUCAUCCCGUUUGGAUGCUUCUGUCUGAGACUGCUAAGGUUUUUGUUAGAGUAUUCCCAUUGCUAGUCUUGUGUGGCUGCUGCAGCAGCAGAACUGAAACUAUCUAAGGAGAUCUUCAAGAACAUCUAGCAGUGGAAACUGUGCCCAUACAAAAUUCAGAAUAUGGCUAUGCAGCAACUUCACCUUGUGUUCUGACAAAUGUUUUUACCCAGCCCUAAUAUGCACUGCAGUAUGUAUAAAAAACCUCCACACACUUUCAUUUGUCUUCUGCAGCCAAGCUCAUGUAAACAGUUCCUAUAGGCACCUUAGCUUAGCCUGGAAAUCACCACUAUACACUGAUGUUUGCACAGCAUCUCACCUCAAAGAAUUGUACUGCUCCUCUGUGAGAUAACCAGGGCUGGGAACAGAUUUAACUAAACAGUUAAGAGUGGCAGGAGCAAGCAGUGAGGGAGAGGGAACAGAGUGAAGUACCUAUUGCUGCUGCUGCUUGGUUGCAAAGUCCAUUGCAUAUAAAUGGAGUCAGUAACUUUGAGGAACAUCUUAGGUGUGAAGUACUGUGUCUGUAGAGAGAAAUCUACCUCUGAGAAGAUGUCUGAAGAGGAGAAAGAAAUUGCUACUGUAAACAGCUAACACUUUACCUUGACUUGAUAUAUUCAGAACUAAAUGCCAAUGCCAAACUGGAAGAUGCCAGAAUGUAAUAAACAAUAAAAGGCUUGCUGCAAUUGUACCUUUGUGAAGAAGAGCAACACAGAAAAUGCCAAUUUGUUUUCCUGGUCUUAGGAAGGCAGCCAAGGAAAUUUUGAAUUAUGCUGACUUAUGGUUUUGUUUUGGGUUGUUAUUUUAAGGCUCUGCAAUGUUUCAUUUUUAAGCACUGAUUAAUUCUUACCCUCAGAAGAAUGAUAAUUGAUAAGUUGUGGACAUUGGGGUCUAGAUCUUGCUUGCAUCAUGACGGGAAAGUGCACAAGUAGCAGGCAACAAAUAUUUGCAGCUCCGACGAGCUCCCAUCUUCUGGAUAUACAAAAUAUUCCUUCAUUUAAUUUGGCUCACUAUUUAGAUUGACACCUUUUAGGAGGAUGUAAUCAUUUCAGCAGCUCGAGAGAAAAU